GGCAUUUUUUGGACUUGACUUGGACUGUUACCCAGUUUUAGCUUGAGUUUCCGAAUCGUAUGAGAAAGUAACACUGAAAUAUUUUUUUUUUUACGUUUUAUAAAGAUUCAUAUUGGUGUAUUCCGCGAAUAGAGAAGAUGACCCUAAAUUUGACUUCUGAUGUUGUUGAAAGACUUAAUAAUAGCUUUCACAAAGAUCCAAAGAAUUUGCUUGCCCAAAAUGCUUGCACAAAAUAUGAUCCUCUAGAGAUGUGCUUGUCCAGGAAGCGUCUAGAAGAAAUUCAUCAUGUUUUCACACACAAAGUUGAUGAAGUAAAGCCUAUGACUAACCAAAAAAGUUCAGGGAGGUGCUGGAUUUUUGCCCUGUUAAAUGCCAUGAGAAUUCCAUUUGUUAAGCAAUACAACUUGGAAGAAUUUGAGUUUAGUCAAGCUCAUCUCUUUUUUUGGGAUAAAGUGGAGAGGAGCAAUUACUUUCUUAAUACUGUGGUUGAUGUAGCAAAGCGGGGCGAGAAAGUUGAUGGUAGACUCUUUGCCUUUCUGCUACAGGAUCCUACAAGUGAUGGAGGGCAAUGGGAUAUGCUGGUGAAUCUGAUUACUCGCUAUGGAGUGAUGCCAAAAAAAUGCUUUCCUGAUUCAUUCAGCAGUGAAUCCAGUUUCCGCAUGAACUCCAUUCUAAAAAGCAAGCUGCGCGAGUAUGCCAAGUUGCUACAAGACAUGGUAGGCGAAGGUGAAUCCACAGAAAAGAUACGGGAACGCAUGGAAGAAUUCAUGCAAAAUAUCUAUCGAAUUGUUGCAAUUUGCCUAGCGAUCCCACCAAAAACGUUCACAUGGGAAUACUAUGAUAAAGCUAAACAAUACUGCGUUGUGGAAAAAAUGGAACCCAAACUCUUCUACGAAAACUUUGUUAAAUCUUUAUACAAUGUGGAAAACAAGGUUUGCCUUGUUUCUGAUCCUCGCCCUAGCAAUCCUUAUGGGAAAGGCUACACAGUGGAUUGUCUUGGAAACAUGGUGGGUGGUCGAAAGACAUUCUACAUUAAUCAACCCAUCGAGAUACUAGCGCAGUUGGCCAGUCAAUCCAUUGAAGCUAACGAAGGUGUUUGGCUUGGUUGUGAAGUCUCCAAGCGAUUUUCAGCCAAGCAUGGCAUUGAGGAUUUACAAAUACACGAUUAUCCGUCAGUGUUUGGUGUCGAUGUUUACACAUGCUUGUCGAAAGCAGAUCGUCUGAUUUUUGGUGAUUCGUUGAUGACCCACGCCAUGCUGAUAACAGCCGUCACGCUCGAUAAAGAAACGAAACAGCCGCGCAAAUGGCGCGUGGAAAACAGUUGGGGAGAUGACCGUGGUGAAAAAGGUUAUCUGCUCAUUACACAGGAGUGGUUUGAGCAAUUUGUUUUUGAAGUAGUUAUUGAUAAGCGUUUUGUACCAGAAGAAAUAUUGCAAAUCUGCAAUGUCGAGCCAAUUAUUUUGCCUGCUUGGGAUCCCAUGGGAAACCUCGCAACCAUGUUUAAAAAUUUCGAAGAAACGGUUUAAAUUAAUUUUGCAGCAUGGAGAAAGAAUAAUAGCGUAGAAUCGAA